AUGACCUCCCCCAAAAUCCUCUCCAACCGUCUCCACGGCAAAGUCGCCAUCGUCACCGGCGGGGGCUCCGGCUUCGGCGAAGGAAUCGCAAAGCGCUUCUCAGAGGAAGGCUGCAAAGUCAUCGUCGCGGACAUUGACGCCGUCGGCGGCGAGCGGGUGGCCGCCUACCGGGCGGAGAACAUGAAGUUUGUCCCUAUGGAUGUGGCGCUGGAAGUGGAUUGGGAGCGGGUGGUGGAGAAUACGUUGGGGAAGUGGGGGAGGGUGGAUGUGGUGGUUAAUAAUGCGGGGGUGAGUUAUCGGAAUAAGGUAUGUAGGUUGUGUGUGUUUUUUGUUUUGGGUAGGGGGGUUGGAGAGACAUGAGGAGGGUUGAGAUGCUUGAAUUGGGGAAUUGGGGAUUGAUUUGCUUUGAAUUGAACUGAACUGAUUUGGAUACCCAGCCCAGCGCGGAAGUAACGGAAGAUGAGUGGGAGCGCGUUUUCAACAUAAAUGUCAAGAGCAUCUUCCAUAGCUCCAGACAUAUCAUUCCCAACAUGAUUAAUCAAGGAGAUGGAGGUUCGAUCAUCAAUAUUUCUUCUAUUGGCGCUACGAGACCUCGUGGUGGUUUGGUUUGGUAUAAUGCUAGUAAAGCUGCGGUCAAUAACGUGUGUAUACAUUGACUCUCCCCCUCCCUCCACUUCAGGAAUGAUCAAGCGAGGUGUGGGAGGAGCGAAAGGUUGUGGAGACUGAUCUCUCAACAGGCGACGAAGGGUCUGGCUGCGGAAUAUGGAGAGAAGCAGAUUAGGGUUAAUUCGAUUUGUCCCCUUUUAUGUGCUACUGCCUCGUAAGUACCUCUUCUCUCUCCUUUCUUACCUUCUCACGCAGCUCAAAACUUCCAGAUUGUUGUCUUAAAAUGGCUGCUUAAUAACAAUUACAGCUUCGAAACCUUCGUAGGCGUCCCACCAACCGAAGAAAACAUGAAGAAGUUCGUCGGAAAUGUCCCGUUGGGUCGUCUGACUAAUACCACGGAUGUGGCGAAUUAUUGUCUCUUCCUGGCGAGUGAUGAGAGUAAGUUUAUUACUGGCACUUGUUUGGAGGUUGAUGGUGGGAAGGGGAUUUGUUGA